CCGUCUCCAUUCGGCACCCGGGGUUCCCUAUCAACAGCACGCUCUGCACGUAUUCUGUUUCACUUGCCAUACCACUCCCUGACUUUGUCUUUUCUCAUACGUUUCCUUGAACCUUUAUGAAACCUGUUUUCAAACUCUCAACUUAUUACUGGACCACUCGACAUAGACUAACAUACCCGUGUGUCAGAUAUCCCCAAAUCAUACAUUUUAAUGCUAGUGGAAAGGCGUUUUUGCCCCCUGUCAUACUGUCUUGGUAAAGUCCACUGUCUGCUAUGAAGUGUUCUCCGUAGGAUUGUUUCCACAUUGUCGGGCUUAGCGGCGUCCGCUUGGGUAGCAACCAUAUAAAUCAACCAAGUAGGGGUGUUUUAUUUGAGCGGCGAACUUGUUUUUACUCCUUCGCUAUUUAUGGACUUGUAACCCUCAGACUUCAGGCUAAGGGGCCAUAUGAGGACACCCGCGGGAUUAUUUAUUUUAUUCCAUUUGAAGGCGGUCACUUUGCAGGCCACACCCUCAGAAUCUCCCCUCCCUUGCCGGAUUGGUUUGCGCCGUGCCUGGACUCAUUGUUGCUUGGCGCCGGGUCUAAGAUGGCGCUGCGGAGCCGCCGAGUGUGAGUGAAGGGGACACCGGGGGACCGGCAGGGCGGAGUAAAGGGCGAUAGAUUCCAAGAAUUAGAGAGACCAUCUUCUUUAUUUACCAGCACCGCCGGCGGAGUUGGAUUAGUAUGCCCUCUGGACAUGGGCGAGAAGCGGGAACUAAGACUGAAGUCCCCAGUGGGAGCCGAGCCUGCUGUCUACCCUUGGCCGCUGCCUGUUUACGAUAAGCACCAUGAUGCUGCACAUGAAAUUAUUGAGACUAUCAGAUGGGUCUGUGAAGAAAUUCCAGAUCUCAAGCUUGCAAUGGAGAACUAUGUUUUGAUAGAUUAUGACACAAAGUGCUUUGAGAGCAUGCAGCGGUUGUGUGAGAAGUAUAACAGAGCCAUUGACAGCAUCCAUCAGCUGAUCUUUUCUUCUUGGCAGUGGAAAGGCACCACUCAGCCUAUGAAGUUGAAAACUCGCCCGUCUACUGGUCUCCUUCGCCACAUUUUGCAGCAGGUCUACAACCACUCUGUAACAGACCCCGAAAAACUCAACAAUUAUGAGCCGUUUUCUCCUGAGGUGUAUGGAGAAACCUCCUUUGAUUUGGUUGCCCAGAUGAUUGAUGAAAUUAAGAUGACUGAAGAUGAUCUUUUUGUGGACCUUGGCAGUGGUGUUGGACAGGUUGUUUUGCAGGUUGCUGCAGCUACAGGAUGCAAGCACCAUUAUGGUGUGGAGAAAGCAGACAUCCCGGCUAAAUACGCAGAGACAAUGGACAAAGAGUUCAGGAAAUUGAUGAAAUGGUAUGGAAAGAAGCAUUCAGAAUACACACUGGAGCGUGGAGACUUCCUCUCAGAGGAGUGGAGGGAAAGAAUAGCUAACACAAGUGUUAUUUUUGUGAAUAAUUUUGCCUUUGGUCCUGAGGUUGACCACCAGCUAAAGGAGAGAUUUGCCAACAUGAAGGAAGGUGGCAGAAUCGUAUCCUCAAAACCCUUUGCACCACUGAAUUUCAGAAUAAACAGUCGGAACUUGAGUGAUAUUGGCACUAUUAUGAGAGUUGUGGAGUUAUCCCCUCUUAAAGGAUCUGUAUCCUGGACUGGGAAGCCUGUUUCUUAUUACCUGCACACUAUAGAUCGUACCUUACUUGAAAAUUAUUUUUCUAGUUUGAAAAAUCCUAAACUCAGGGAGGAGCAGGAAGCAACAAGAAGACGACAACAGAGAGAAGGGAAGAGCAAUACCACAACUCCUACAAAAGUUCAUGAGACAAAGGAUUCUGCUGCAGAGGAGGAAAGGUCUGCCUCAGUUAAGAAGCCUUCUCCAGCCAAAGCCCGAAGAAAGCUCAGCAAAAAGGGCAGGAAAAUGGCAGGUCGCAAGCGGGGACGUCCUAAAAAGUUGCUUACCACCACAGAUGACCAUAAGUCCUCCAAAUCACAGACUGCACUGGAAACCCUCCAUCCACAAAAUGUCCCUGUUCCUCAGUCCCCAACAAAAUCACCCCCUCAGGAUUCAUACAAGACACCUCAUAGUCCCUAUUAUCAGCUACCUCCGAAAGUGCAUCGUCAGCCUUCCAAUCAGCUUCUGUCAUCUCCUACCCCACCAGCCCUACAGAAAUUGCUUGAUUCAUUUAGGAUCCAGUAUUUACAACUUAUGUCUUACAUGAAAACACCCCAUUACAAGACUGGUCUGCAGCAACUGUUGGAACAGGAAAAGGAGAAGAAUUCCCACCUCGUUGGUGCUGCUCAGCAGCUGCUCACCCAUUGUCAGGCUCAGAAAGAAGAAAUUAAGAAACUUUUUCAGCAGAAACUGGAUGAGCUGGGUGUUAAGGCCCUCACUUACAGCGACCUCAUUCAAGCCCAGAAAGAGAUUUUUGCUCACAACCAGCAGCUGAAGGAGCAAAGUCGACAGUUAGAGGAGGAAAAUGGUGUAUUAAGAAACCACAGCUUGCGGCUGCUGAAGGCACGUUGUGAAGAAUUGAAAUUGGACUGGAAUACACUGUCUUUGGAAAAUCUAAUGAAGGAGAAGUUGGCCCUAAAGAAUCAGAUAUCUGAAAAACAAAAGCACUGUUUGGAGCUACAAAUCAGCAUUGUGGAACUAGAAAAGUUUCAGAGACGACAAGAGCUUCUCCAGCUCAAGUCUUCCACCUUGCCAGAGGAACCACCACCCAGCCAUAGUCGAUCCAAAGGUAGCUUUGGCAACAACUUUCAUUCUGAACCUUCUUCAGUGCGAAUGAUGCCUCCUCCAACUUCUCACACAAAUGGUCUGAGCCCUGAGCUGUCCAUGAAUGGUCAUGCUUCUCAUUAUGAGCUGUACCAUUCCUGUCGGGGGGGAAGCAUACCCUGUUCCAAGGAGAGUACACCAUCUCACUCAGACCAUGCUGACAUUGUGCCCAGUACCCCAACCAAUGCAGUCAAGCACAGAGGAGAAAAAACACCUGGUUCAAUCCAACCAGACUAUACACGCUACUCCCCUGCCAAAAUUGCAAUGAGACGGCAUCUGAACCAAGAACCCUUACCUAAUGGUAGAAGCACUGAAAUUAAUCACAGGUGUAAUGUAACAAAAGAAAGCAGCUUCCCAUCCAUAAGCCCUGGAAUUCCAAAUGGUGUCCAGUUUAGCCCUCAGGAAUCAAAUCCUUCUUCCCCUGAGUUAAUCCAUACACAAGGGGAGAGGGGACCUGAUAAGAUGUUUCGGGAGCGGAAUUCCCCUUCUAAUCCAGAAACCAUCACCAGUCUGCCUAUUAGUAUUCCCCUGAGUACAGUCCAGCCUAACAAGCUGCCAGUUAGUAUUCCACUGGCAAGUGUAGUUCUGCCAAGCCGUGUGGAGAAGAGAAACACCCCAAGUCCUGGAUGUCACAGCAGAGAUGGUUCUCUCCCAGAGAAUCAAUAUGGUGUUACUUCUAAUAGCCUCAUUUAUGCUGCUGUUUCAAAACCGUUGGCUACCUCAGGUUUCUUCUAUCAAGCCUGGUCACCUUCUAUAAAUGGGCCAGUAUUGAAUAGCCAUGGGUCAGAGACAGAUGGAAUGGACGACUCUUCAAAUUCUGGCACAUUGUCUAAUUCAGGAGGAUCAAGGAGCUCUACCCCUUCCCACAGUCACCUGAUCUCUCAGCGUUCCCCUGCCCAAUAUUCCACAUCUGCUAGUCCUUGCACAUUUCCAGAUCUAAGUAAAGGUUCUGGUGAAGGGGAUAUUGACACAAGUGAUGCUGAAAUGGAAGCCAAACGACGGAUUAUCUUCACCAUCACCAGUGGAAGCUCCAACGGCAGGUCACCAUCAAACAAACACAGCCCUUUGACUGCCACAAUCCGAAUGGAGUGUGGCACAGGGCUGGAUGCCAAAAGGAGAAGCGGUAGACGAAAAAGAUGUAAUGGCAGUCACAAUUCAGCUGUAUCACCUAAACGCAGAUCUCUUCCCACACCCCUUGGUCUAAGCAGCUAUACUUCAGGAUCUCCGUUAAAUAUCAGCUCAAUGGUGAGUAACAUUAACCAGCCUUUGGAGAUCACUGCAAUCUCUUCCCCAGAAGCCUCUAUAAAGAGUUCCCCUGCUUCCUAUCAGGAUCAUGAUUUGCCCCCAGUUUUAAAGAAAGAAAAACCCAUUCCUGUGUCUAAUGGUGACCACUACUCACCCUUGACAACAGAGGAUGAGGCAGAGUCUGAGGAAGACACCCACAGUGCAAGGACAGAGCGAAAAAAUUCCUGCCUGUGCUUUGAAAGCACAGUCUCCCCUCAGAGAAGUGAAGGGGAAAGAGGUGUCCCAUACUCUAGCAAGAAGUCUCCCUGUGAUAGUGUAGGAAAAUGGAAAGCAACAUUCUCCCCAAUUUCUGAUGCAACUCCCAGUCGUGCCUCUGACAGUCCUUCUUCACCUCUCCGACAGAACACACAUUAUUCCUCUGGAGAGGCAGGCCGCAGAGGAUCAGGCGGUCUGAGUCCUGGUUCUGCAAAUGGCCUCAAUGACCAUCCCAGGGUAGAAGGGAGCAAAGGAGAGUGCAACCUUUUCUUAAGUAAAAAGAUGUCUUCUGAAGGUAGCAAAAGGGAAGACAGGGGGUCUACAGUAAAAGUGGAUCGUUCCAGCAAUAAAGUCCCUCGAAGCCGUGAAAGGGACGGGAGCACUGUGUUCAUGUCACAAGGAGCUGGUGCUCUCUUGAAUGGCAAGGGACCUGGCACAAAUCCUCUACACCCACACCAUCAAUUUUUGAGUAGCUUGGCAGCUGGCUCUCAACUUGCCUUGCAAGGUGGUCUUAACUCUGUUGCUAGCAAUUCUGUUCUGCAGUCCAUCUUCAAUUCCAUCCCUGUACAUGUGACUGGGCCAACUGGACGGCUUUCUAACUCUCACAGCAUGUCUGGUUUCACAGUUCCUGGAGGUACUGUAGGAGGUAUUUGAAAGGUCUACCUCACUUCAAAUCACCUAUGCAAAGGCAGCCCUGCUACUUUUUCAAUUUUCAUCACCUUUGAACAACGGUGCUCAACACAAUUUUUGGGAUGGGAAGGAAGUUCUCCUCCCAAACCCACCAUCGUAGCAACCACUGGUUAAACCUACAAUCUCUGUAUUUGUCUCUGCCGCGGAAAGACUCGCCAUGGUUCCACUGUGAAUUUUUAAAUCGCGGCAAGUGGGGAAAUCUCGUAAUAAUUUUUUUUAUUUAUAACAAUUCUAUUUGUUUGAAAUUUUUUUUGUAUUUUUCCCCAUUUUUCUUUUUCCAUUUUUUUGCGGGAAUAUAAUUUUUUCUGAAAUGGAAGACGUAGCUCUAAGAACGAGUGGAAAAGUGAAGACUGUGGAUUUUGGGAUUAUAUGGGUGAUUGGGCAGGAUUUGGGGUCCUGUCCCCCCUCAAAGCAGAUUCAACUGGUGCUACGCAUACAAGAUUGUGCCUCUCUAAACUGGUGCUGUUAAGUUGCGGUGCUCUUUAAACAGUACACACUGGGACUCUGGAUCCAUUGUGUAGAAUAUAUGUGCUUAAUUUAUUAAUGACUCCUGACCCUAUAAUAACCAAAGUACAUUUUGUUCUGUUGCUAUGAGACUGAAAGAUUUUCUGUUCGCUCGGGAAUCGACCUCUCCUCUUCCCCCCACUUUUUUUUUUUUUUUGGUGUGAUUUUAAAGUUUAUUUUAUUUUUCAUGAAAUGAAACGGCAGCUAAUGGUCUGUGUCUGUGGAACAGCAGGGAUGGUUCUGCCAUAGAAUUUGGUGGCAGGUUAUUAAGGCACAGUGAUGAAAAUAUAAACGGGGACAUUGUUUUAGUUCAGUAAUAUGUGGCCCUCACCCAGCCCAGUUGCGUUUUCUAGUUUUCCUCUUUUAGCUACUUGAUUCCUUCUAAUAUAUAAUUUAAUCUGUAUAAUACACACAAGCAUAUGUAUGUGUGUAGCUGGUGCACUUGUGUGUGUGUGUAUAGGAUAUUUGUGUAUAGGUACAUAUAUUUAUAUGUAUAUAAGAAAUAUCACAUAUGCAUAUCUAUAUAUACUUUGCUCUCUUAUGCAUAGAAAUCCAUCCCCUCCAACAUACAGGUUUUCCAAGAAAACCUUAAAUACAUACAUAUAAACUUAAAGCAGGAUUAGCCAUACAGGUCUAGUUUCUGCUUAAAGAAUGUCAUUCAGGUCUCAAUUAACAAUGUAGUAUUCACUGGCAGCAAAAGCUGUCUUGGGAACAAGAGUUUUAUGCUCGUGUUCAGUAUUUUCCCCCCCCCGAAAUAGUAAUCCUUUGUCCUUUUAAGACAUCACCUGCUUCAGCCUUAGAGAAGAAGCCCUAAGCUCAACAUUUAGGGUUUCUAGUGGUGCUAAAGGUCCACUAUAUCCUUGUUUCUACAAGAGAAUACUUAUUCUGGCAUAGCUUUAUCAGGCUAUGAGAAGCCUAGGGAGUUGUUCCUAUUAUGGAGUGUUCUUGUUCUGGCUUUGUCUUGUUGGCCAUGUGACACUGUGGAUGUUUAUAGUGGGAUCAGAAGAGGCGACCUGUGGGAGUGGAUGAAAACCUUGUGACCAGUUGGCCAGUAAAACCUUGACUAAAUGGACAACCCUUAAUCAUUUAUGUAGCACCAGCAAGUUACACAGUGCUUUAACAUUAAUUUAUAACAAACAGGAGUUUCACAAUCAUUUAACCGAAUAGAAAUGGGAUAUGAGGGACCUGUUCAUGAAAGCUUGCAAGCCACUGGCCUUGGACACACUUUACGGUCAGUCUGAACAAUUGAGGUUGCAGCACGAAGAGGGACAUCGGCUCUAAUCUGACAUGCAACAGGAUCGCCUCUUGAAACCGACCCCCUUGCUACCAUUCAUGCCCAGACAAUUAUGGGAGUAGUAUAGUCAAAAUAGGCCAACAAAAUCUGGGCAUGUCUCACCAGCUUAUGGGCAAAGGCACAGGUGAUGAUUUUGGGUUUAGGUGCUGUUAUUACAUUGCCCAAAAUCAUCCCACUCCUCAAUUGCCUGAUGUGGAAAUUGUGACAACAACUAUCUCAUGGAAAGCUAUUAGGGACAUUUUAAGGUGAUUGCCAUAUAAGAGGCAUUUGUGAUCAAUACCAAACGACAAAAAAAAUGUAAUUUGUCCCAUGAGCAAUUGUGCUAAAACAACAGACUGAGCCAUGUAGAAAAAAUUACAAUACAGCUGUUCAGCUCCUAAUUCUAUCUAUAUUAGAUAAGUCAAUAGGGAAAAUGAAUGAUGCAGAUAUGAUGGCAUUUUAAAUUGCAUUGUAGGAACCGGCAUGACUGGUUAUAUAGGAAAGCUUGCAAAUUCUGCCGCUGCACGCCAUAAUCCAAUUUAAAGGAAGGUAUUUUCACUGGGCCUUAAAUUGCUCUUUAUGAUCACCAUACUGAUAAACUUAAUCAGUACUAACUUAACAGAUCAAAUAUAUAUAUAUAUAUAUAUAUAUAUAUAUAUAUAUAUAUAUAUAUAUAUAUAUAUAUAUAUAUAUAUAUAUAUAUAUAUAUCCAUAUAUAUAUCCAUUCCACUUUGGUACAGGCACUCUCGACAAAAUAUUAAUUAUGCCUGGGUGCAGAAACAACAAAUAAUCUCAAUGCCUCCAAAAGAAUCUGCAUUUCGCAGGACUUAUAAAAGUAAAAAAAUCUUAUUUAUUUCAGAGCUACAGAUUGAUGUUUUGGCCCAACCCAAGGCCAGUCUGUAGCUCUGAAAUAAAUAAGAUUUUUUACUAAGUUCUGCGAGUGUGGAUUCAUAUAUGUUGGACUACUGCUCCCAGCAUGUAAUUUAUGUUGAAGAUCACUGUGUAGAUUUGAAGAAGCAACCCAGUAGUACCUGUGAGGUUUCCACCCAGUGUCAGAAUUUUGGGUUUAAGACUUCCAUUUGAAGUCCUGCACAUGGUCAUGCACCUCCUGACUUGAUGGCAAUGAUGCAGAUAAAUAAUAUUAAUCAAUGCUGUACUUCCAUAUGCUCAUUUAGCUGUAUCCUUUCAGAAGUCAUUUGUUCUUGACAAGCAGUUCCUUGCGAAACUCUUCUUAUAAGAACAAUAUUCCUAUCUGCACCCAACAGACACUUCAGUGUAGAUCUUCUUAUAGACCAUUCAAUGUAGGAAUUGCCACAAUUGUCUCACGAAAACUUUCAGCAUUCCAAAUGUGAUGUUUAUUCAGUGUACAUGUGGAGCUGAACUGCCUUAAUAUCCUGCUUAGGGCAAUAGAAACAAGCUGAUCCCUGGCUUCGCAAGAGUGGUUUCAGUAGAAAAUAUAAAGGUGCUUGGCAGUUUGUAUAAUAGAAUCCAAUUUGAUCUAUUUUUCCUUUGUCUUCGCGAAAGUAAUAAUGUUUGUAAAGAACAUCCCAGCAAAUUCCUUUAUUUAGUAAUUAUUUUGAUACUUGAUUAUGCGCUUUGUAAAAAAGAAGAUAAACGUGUUCCCCUUUCUUUUGGCUCCCCAUUACCUUCUGCAGUCACAUUUGUAAAUCUUUGCGGAACUUGCUUUUUUCUGAUGGAAAUUUCUACACUGAAAUUUCUCUUGAAUUACAGAAUUCCUGUUUUGUUUUUAGUGAAUCUUUCAAACUGCCUGUGUUUUUAACUUUUUUUUUUAGAGGGGACUGUACAGAAAACUCGUUGAAAAAUGAAUCUGGCCUAAAUUUCAUACGAAUAUAUAAUGAAUGUUUCAAAAUAAAUAUGGUAUACAUCAGUGAUACCUUUUUAAAAAGUGGUCGAAAGACUGACAAAUAACCCUCUUGUAUUUGAUCCAAUCAAGCAGCUGAAAUGUUUGAAUCUCACAAACCCCCUUGUUAAUAUCAAUAAACUUUUUUUUUUUUAUGAU